AUGAAACUUUGGAGCCAGAGAUUAUCGUUUCUAAUCAUCGUGAUCUUUUUAUUCGCCGGGCUUCGUUUAUCAGCUGGUGGCCGCAGGCUUCCUAGUACAACAACGGCGGAGGCGUUCCAUGAACAAUUAUGGCGAUCAAGAUUUGACGGCGGAAGAAGCUUACCGGAAGUGAGCAGCCGCGAGAAGUACAAUCAGAUCUAUGGAGUUUCACUGAGAUUAGUCCCCGAGGGUCCAAACCCACUUCACAACAAAUGA